UAAGCUUGCGAAGCAUGUACUCUGGUUUGUCGUAUUGAGUUUAGUUAGUCUUUGUUUACGUUAAAGAAAUGAGUAUUGCUAAUUCUCCUCGUUUGCAACAACGUGGGCCACGCGUUUUUGUUGCCAUGGACACUGGCAGUACGUGCUGAUUCAGUGUCGUCACUAUCCCCGUAAAGGAACCGCUACAGAAAUGCAUGUGUCCCUGUUUGUCUGAAGCUUCGUUAAAAUACAGCAUGGUAAGAAGAGUAGUCGACGACGCAAAAUAAGCUGUUUAACAGCUGUGCCUACUACUCAUUUUCAUCAGAAGCCCACAACCCGGAACUCAUGCCACAGCAGGGACCCAAUCUUUGAUGAAUUCCUUCGAGUGCCAACCAUCCUCAGGCUACCAGAGCAGACCUGCUGGCUUGGCCAUGUCAGGAGCCUCUAUUCCUACACCAUUCAAAUUUCGUACCCGCCGUGAGAGUGUGGACUGGCGUCAGAUUAAUGCAAUUGAUGUGGAGCGGGUAGCUGGUGAGCUAGACUUUCAGAUGCUUCAGGAACACAUUGCGGGGGUGACAUUCUGCAACUUAGAGGGUGAGCGGUGCCUGAACUGUCAGAGCCAUGUGGACCCGGCCCUGCUCAAGCUAUUCAGGCUAGCCCAACUCACAAUUGAAUACUUGCUGCACUCGCAGGACUGCCUGGCUCUCAGACUGCGGGCUGCCGAGGAGCAGCUUCAGACUGAGGCUAAAGAGAAGCAGCAUCUUCAACUGCAUCUGCAGAAGCAGAUCCAGGAUACCAAGUCCUUAAAAGAUGAGCUAAAGCAGCGGAAGAGGAUUAUUGCCUCUCAGCAAGCCAUGAUCAGUGCGGGCUUGGCUAAUUACCAUAAGUGCCAGUAUUGUGAAAAAGCCUUCAUGAACACCUCAUUCCUGAAAAGUCACAUGCAACGUAGACAUCCAAUGGAGCAUGACAAACUGAUCACUGAUAAUCAGAAGGAUCUUCAGACAAUGAAGUUACAAGAAGAGAUAAUCAAGCUGCAGGAACAGCUAACACUGGCUAAAUCUGAAAUGGAGAUUCUGCAAAAAGAUUACAACAGCAAAAAGGAGAUGGAUCUAACUCAGAAACAGGCAGACUUUAUGAAACAGCUGGAAUUCUGGAAGGAAAAUGAGUAUGUACGCAUGAACAACAAAAUAGAUGAAGUAAAGCAGGCCUGUCAGAGAGACAUGGACUCCAUGCACCAGAAAAACAGAAACCUAGAGAAUCAAAUGCUGAUGUUGCAGCAAAGCAGUAAGAUGCAGGAGAACAUGCAGCCUGUGCAGGUACAGGCGAGUUCUGUGCAGAACAGCGAAGAUGAACAAAACCAGGUGGUUGCUGAACUCCGACAGAAGCUCUGCAAUCAGGAAGUUAGGUGGACAACAGAAAUGCAAAAAAUUAAGGAAGAAUAUGAGGGUGAAAAAAAUCAGCUCCAGACAGCAUUGGCAAAGGUGAAUUCCACUGUUUCCAAGGAGAAAAAAAGGGUAGAAAGGAAGGUGAAGGAACUGGAACUCAGGCUAGAAGAGCAGCAGCAGAUCAUCACAUCCCAAAACAUGCAGAUAAAAAAAUACACUGCAAAUUCACUUAAAUCAACAGUACAACAAGAAGAAUUUGCAGCUCCAGAACCUAAAACAAGAGUGGUGGUCAGUGAGCAUUCCAGCUUGGUCUGUAAAUUGGACCCUAUAGUGGAGCUUUCAGAAGAGGACAAAGAGUCAUCAAGCUUCUCGGAAGGCCAUGCUGACAGCCAGUCAAUGCAGCAGAAAGUGAAUGAGCUGCUGAAGAAUACCAGUCUUAAGAGGGACAUGAACUUGGCUGUGCAGCAAAGCCUCUAUGACAAGCUGUUACACUUAGGCAUUGAGCCUGCUGCUGGUGGGAUCUCUUGGACAACAUAUGAGAGCGCUAUGGCUCAUGUGUCGUCUGAAAGGCAGCAGAGACAGAAGGUUUAUGCUGAGUACCGAAAGAUACACAAGGAUCUCAGCCAAAAAUUAGACAGGCGAGUUAAGGAAAGGAGCACACGGCCUGUUGUCAAGCCCAAACAAUCAGGACAAGUUCAAACGCUACCUCAGUCCAGGCCGCGGUCCAGCAGUCUUCCCAACAGACAGCAGUACACACCGCAGCCGGCUCAUCAAAACAACACUGCCACUCAUUCCUCAACCUCCACACAAAUGGCACAUCACAAAACCCCUCAAUUCAGUCAAGUUGAAGACUCCUCAGAAGAAGAGGAGUUAGACAAAGACUUUCCUCAUGUACAGAAAGCCACAAUGAAAAGCCACUCCCCAGGAGUUCAACAGCACACUGCUACCCCAGCUCCAGCUUCAUUACAGAAAGCAGCACAGAGCUCUGGAUCUCACCAGACCCCAGUGUUUAGCAUUAGCAAGAUGAAAGUGACCAUGUCAGAAAGUGAGAGUGAGUGGACAGAAGGCAGUGAGAUGGAUGAGAUUUCCCUAGAUCAACUGCAGAAGCACACGGACCAGAAUGGAAAUGUGACAAAGACUUUGUGCAGUUAUGUGAAGGCAUUAAGCAAUAAUCUGCAGCAGCAGCUUGCAGACCAAAGCCAUAAAAAAACAGCAAGAGUUGGAAUCCCAGAUAAACUUGCAGAAAUCACCAACACACAUGAUGCCGUGUGGAAGAUUAAAAACACUGGUUUUGAGGACGAUAACGAUGAUGACUGGGAUAUUUCCUCUUUAGAAGAUGUUCCUGCAGAACACAAGUCCACUGUAAGGAAGAGCAUGGACAAGAGUACUGACACCAGCACUAGUGUAUGGGGAACUUUUACUGAACCGGGACCAGGUCUUAAAGAAACUGGCACUGGCAGCACACUGAAGAGCAGUAUUGUGACAGUUAGUGACUGGGAUGACUCGGAUGGUGCAAAAAUAUAAUGCCACUUGGUAAUAACCAAUAAUAAUCUCCCAAAAAUUGACACAUGAAAUAAAAGAUGGGCAAAACCAGUUUUUUUUUAUUAUUAUGAAUGCUGCUGAUUGAACAUGUUCAGAGACAUUGGUAAUAUGCUGGAAAUUGUAUACAUAUAUAUUGAAGUAGCUGUAAUAAUACUUGAAUUCCUUAAUAUUUGUGAUAAAGUUCAAAACUAUUCACAGACCAGAAAAGCAAUAUAGUCUUUUCUUUGAACCUGACCCUGUCCUUGAUGGAUACAGUGUUAAUCAGAGGUGGACAGUAACGAAAUACGUUAACUUGAGUACUGUACUUAAGUACACUUUUUGAGUAUCUGUACUUUACUUGAGUAUUAUUUUUUCUGGAAACUUUACUUUAACUUCACUACAUUUGAAAGACAAAUAUUGUACUUUUUACUCCACUACAUUUCUGUCAAGUUCAUUGAGUAAAAAGUACUUACCUUAAUCAGAGGAUGAUUUUUUUUGUAAGUUUGACUUAUUUGACCAUAGUACGAUUUCUCUCUACUAGUGAUCUGUUAGACAUAGUAUCACUGUCACAACUAAUGGUUUGAAAUUUUUGUUUUGAUGGCAAAUAAGUCUUUUUGUUAAAACAGUGUUUGUUGUUGGGCAGUUAUACAGAUACAUUUAUACAGAUACAGUUUUACAGCCACAGUUGUGUAGCUGGGUUUUAAAGCAGGUUGGAUAUUUUAUCUAAUCAGUCUUGCAUUUAGGUUUUGUAACAUUCUAAAAGCUCUUAAUUCCACAGAUACUACAAACUGGUCAGUAUAUUCACUAGGUUGCUACAAAAUGUACUGCAAGUAUUGCAUACAACAAUGCAACAAUAAUAAAACAAUGCGUUGACAUUUACUUUUUACUUUUGAUACUUAAGUACUUCUUAAAACAAGUACUUCUGUACUUUUACUUAAGUAAAAAUCUGUCUUUACAACUUUUACUUGUAAUGGAGUAAUGUUUGACCAGUAGUAUCUGUACUUUUACUCAGGUAAGGAAGUUGUGUACUUUGUCCACCUCUGGUGUUAAUCAUUUCAAACCUUAUGUGACUUUGUAGCAAAUAUUCAUUGAUUUUUUUUUAUCAUAGAAAAAACAAUGUAAACAGUACAAUUUAGUUAAAUUGUGCUUUACUUUUUGUUUAUAAGACUAUGCAGAUAUAAUAUGUAUCAGCUGAGGUGUGCAGGGAACUGUUUUUCCUUAAUGCUCUUGCAAAAAAGUUUGACCCACAGUUUAUGUGAACCUGUAAACAAAUAAAUAAUUCAUACCCUAGUGGCCCUGACCAGGAUGAAGCUUUUACUAAAAUGAUUGAGUAAACAUAAACACAUGCAGCAGGGACAUUACUGUAUCCAAUACAUGUUCUUGUUAUUGUGUCCUCUCUUUAUCCUGCAAGCUUCAGAUUUACCUGGCCAUGUGAGAAGAAAAAAAAUAUAUAUAUGCUUCCACAACUUUUUUUGCUGGGUCCCAAGCAGUCCCAUUCCUCUGACCAGAGAGUAUGUUCAUGUGCAGCUUUUCCUGUUAUUACCAAUGCUGCAUUAACUAAUAUAUAAAAGACUUUACAAAGACUGAGACUGUCAGUCAUACAUUUUUCUGUCAAUGGGUUAUGUGAAUUCUUAUUUUUCAUUUAUAUUAAUAAUAAAAUAAAAUUAAUUCUUUAAAAAAAGACACUGCAUAAUGUUUCUUUAAUUGCAAUAACUGUUAGUUUUUACCUGCAGCAAGAAGUGUUAACAGAAACUUAGUUUAUUAAGAGUAUCUAAAAGGCCUAGGAAAAAGAGAGUGAUCUCCCUUUCCAUAUCUUACAUAAUACAUAUGACAAGUUGUACAAUAAAGCACACCAACUAUUAAAUUGGUGAAUACAUUUUUUAAAUGGCCAAAAAA